AUGGACAGAUAUCGGUUUGAACUACUAUACAUGAUUUUUGGGAUACGUUUCUUUUUUCAAGUCCGGCUUGAAACGGUCCUUAGAGAAGUCCCUACAGAUGCACUUCUAGAGGUCCUAAACGAGUUCACUCACGGGAAGCAAGACUCUGUGAGCAAGCCAGAGUUCCAGCGCGUGCUGUCCGACAUACUCCUUGGGAUGGCGGCUGGGCUGAAGAGGGACCCGAUUGUGAUCCUUAGGAUAAACGGGGAGGACCUGAAUGAGUUCGUUGAGAGUCGGAGGUAUGAGCCUGAAGCCAUGGCCAUAUUUUCACAAGUGGGGUAUGCCGACAACGCAACGCUGCGCCAGUGCUUGUUGGCCGUUCUUGGACAGCUCAGGGUCGACCACGGCAUGCCACCAGCUUCUGAUUCCUGGGUCAUGGAGAAUGUUGUGGAGCCUGCGUUGCAAGAACUGUCUGCUAAUCAGCUCGAUCAGCCUGUUUCCCAGGAAGUCUUCUUCCAAGAAUUCAGGAAAUUUCUGGGCAUCAUCGCUCUAAGACUGCAACAGCACCCUGUGAUCGUCGCCCAUACAGAGAAUACCUUUGACGGGAGUGGUAUCAGGAGGCUACUGUCGAACAAGUUCGAAUUCGACAAGCUGCUGGAUUCUGUAUGGAGACACGUUCCGAAAGAACACAAAGAUAAAACUUCGAAGGAGUACCUCCGGAUUGCGCUUGAUAGGAUUGCGGAUUCGGCGAGUCUCCCACCUUUUGGAGCAGUUGAUCAGGUGGAUGCUGUGGUGAACGAAGCAUUCAAGAUGGCGAAAGCUGAUGACCUGAAGGCGGUGGACGAAGCAGAGUUCAAGAAGCUGCUGACAGAGUUUCUUGGGGCCAUCAUGCUGCAGUUGGACGGCAACCCGAUCGCUGUCUCAACCAACACCGUCGUCCAUGAGCCCAUGUCCACCUCCUCCACCCUGUUGUCACCGACGCCGCUGUCUCCAAUGGUGUCCUCACCAAGUGAAUAA